AUGAAGGCAGAAUACUCGGACGAGCCGUUGACCUACGACACUCACGAGACCGCCAUACCCACUGGAUGGUCAGCUUGGUUUGGUGGCCCCAGUGUUAAGAUAGGCCCUCGUAUCGCUCCUCAGAUAGCGCCAAUCAGCAACGAUGUUCACGAUUCCUCGAGUAAUCUCAGUAGCGAUGCAAUCCUUAAUAAACAGCUUGAAGAAGAGGCCGGUCAUGCUAUCCAGUAUCGUACUUGUAGUUGGCAAAAGACGGCCGCAUUAUUAUUCUCCGAAUAUAUAUGUCUGGCAAUUAUGAGUUUUCCGUGGUCGUACAGCGUCCUCGGGCUCGUCCCAGGGCUUAUUCUCACUGUAGUUCAAGCUCUUAUAGUAUUAUAUACUUCUAUUGUCUUAUGGGAAUUCUGUCUUCGACAUCCCGAAGUUAGAGAUGUAUGUGAUAUUGGCCAGAUGCUCUUCUGGGGCCAAGAAUGGGCCUGGUAUUUCACAGCUUUCAUGUUUAUCUUAAACAAUACUUUCAUUCAAGGUCUCCACGUCCUCGUUGGAGCUAAAUACCUUAAUACUAUGGUUGGCCCAAACGCUGGCAUAUCCUGCCAGACUGUAUCUUUCGGCGCCAUUGUUACUGUUAUUUGCUGGUUAUCGUCGCUACCUCGCACCUUUAGCAUGCUUUCGAAGCUUGGCACUGCAUCGGCGGUGUUCACGUUCGUCUCGGUCAUUCUUGCUACAAUAUUUGCCGGUAUUCAGGACCAUCCGGCGGGCUUCAAUGCAGAGCCGGCUACCAGCCCUGCUACUGGUGCAGCACUGCCCUUCGGCAAUCCAAUUGUUACAGCUGUUCCUAUCCUAGGUACUACUUUUGUCUCCGGCUUAGGGGCUUUUCUUAACAUUAGCUAUACCUUCAUCGGGCAGAUUACACUUCCCAGUUUCAUUGCUGAGAUGCGUGAGCCGAAAGACUUCCCUAAGGCUCUAUGGGCAUGCACGAUUCUCGAGAUUAUCGUCUUUAGUGUCGUUGGUGCAGUCACGUAUGCGUUUGUAGGCAACCAGUAUAUGACCUCGCCAGCUUUUGGGUCCUUGAUUCCGCUGUACAAGAAGGUCGCUUUCUCAUUUAUGAUCCCUACAAUCAUAUUCUUGGGCGUCCUGUAUGCUUCAGUCUCAGCUCGAUUCAUCUUCUUUCGGAUUUUCCAGAACUCGCACCACAAGAAUGAACAUACUCUCAUUGGUUGGGGUACUUGGGCUUUGAUUCUACUCGCCACCUGGGUUGUCGCUUUCGUGAUCGCUAACUCUAUCCCGUUCUUCAACUCUCUCCUCGCCCUCAUGUCCUCGUUGUUUGAUUCAUUCUUUGGUUUCAUUUUCUGGGGUCUUGCCUAUUUCCGCAUGCGGAAAGCCGAUGGUGCUGUCGCAUUGCUCAAGGACCGUUCAUUCCGCGGGUGGUUUGAGGGUAUCCUUAAUAUUAUUAUUAUCUUGACAGGUAUUUUCUUCUUGUCGGCUGGAACAUAUGCAAGCGUCCAGGGAAUUUUAGACGAGUUUGCUCUUGGUACAGUUGGAACCGCGUUUCAAUGCGCGAGUAAUGGCAUUUGA